AAAUUUUUAAAAAAGUGAAAUACAGAAAAUAAUGAUAAAUGAACCAAGCCUAAAACAGGGUAGAGAAUGACAGUCUGACCUGUUAGCUUCAUCUCUGAACUUUGUGCUAUAGUUAGAAUCCUAAAUACAACUUAAACUAUUCAUUUUAUGUAUUCAAACCACUUUUGUAGGGCUGAUACAAAGUUGCACAUCAGGGACAAGCUUUAAAAGUUCAAUACUCACCUUACUUUACAUUCUAGCAAUGUGUCCCCAUAACUAAGGCAACUCUUUUAAGCAUAUGUUAUAAUAUGAUGGGAUAUGAUGUAGGGUAUGUAAAACCAGUUUAAGUUACAAAUUAAGAAAAUCAUUAGAAAACGCUUGCAUCUAUAUUACUAAAUAUACUGCAUCACUUACAUUAUUAUAACUGUUUUGGUGGAUGUUGUCUUUGUAAUAAUAGGAUUCGCCUUUUAUGUUUUUUCCCUUUCUUUCUUAUAUUUUCAUCAUUCUGCUCUGUAAUAUUGACAAAGAAUAGCUAUAGACCUACACACCCAAACAAUAUGCAAUACUUAUAAUGAAAUAAGAGCUUUGCAGGGAAGUUAGAAAAAAAAAAGUGUUGUGAAGUAGGAUAUAAUCAACUCUGAUCAGAUGGAAAAACAACCCUGGAAUAGUUUGGGAAUAAAACAGAAACAGAAAGAGAGGAAAUACAGAUGAUGGGCCAGUGUGUUUGUGAGAGACUUUGGGGGAGAAAACAGUUUAUAUUUCAUCCUUCAGCCUCCCUGCACGGAGACAUGUAAAUGAGUGUAAUAGCCAUUAAGAUGUGCUCCGGUGCGUCUUAUCCGGUAGCCUAUAAUUCCUAGCAGCGUCCCUUUUGGUUGGUAGCUAAGCUUUAGACAUCUUCCCAUUGGAAGUUCACCGCGUCACAAUGAGGGCGGACAGUGGUGUGGUCCGCACAGCCUGUGUCAGGGGAGGCUGAGGGUGCCGCCUAAAAGCGUGCCUAGUUAUUGGAUACGUGUUGUUGCUAGGGGCGUGGGUUGUGCCGUGAAAUAUUCUAGUUUUCCAGAUCCCACAGAGAUUAUAUUUAGGGAAGACAACAGUCGUCUCACCCGGACGAGAGAUGCGCUGGGAACUGCCUGCCUCCAAACCUGAGGGAAACGGUGCCGCAGUGAGCAUAAUCUGAUAAGCGCGUCUGUCCAGCCUUCCCCUCCGCUCCAGGACAUCACUGUGGACAGAAAAAGUACGUACGGAUAGUUAAAAGGAAUGAUGCAGAGAUGCUGAGGUCACACUUCUUCGGAGCUGAUUCAGAUUUUCACCCGGAACACCAGCUAUUUUAAUUGCAUCAAUCAGAGCGCAGGGUCGAUCGGUGUUUACAGGGGAUGACAGCUGCGCACUUGGUCGUCCCGUGAUGUGUCUUUGGAGGGAUUAGUGUUUGCCACAGCCUGAAACAUCCUGUAGGCCAGUGAUUUGUCUGCGGAACAUUUCAUGUAUUGGAGCGGGGAUCUUAUCCAAUGUGGAGGAAAUUAUUUUUCGUGAGCUCAUAGCUUGAACUGGCAAUGACAUCAGGCUUAACUUGAAUAGCUCUGUGUGUGUGUGUGUGUGUGUGUGUGUGUGUGUGUGUGUGUGUGUGUGUGUGUGUGUGUGUGUGUGUGUGUGUGUGUGUGUUGUACUGCAGCAAGGUGGAUCGGGGGCGCGAAGUUGAAAGGAGCAAUGCACGCAUCCUCCGAGCUGGACAUUGCAUGGGGAUGCUCUGUGUCCUAAACACAUCCGAGGCAUAAGGCCAAAUAUCCUCAGCUGACGAACUGCGUCACUGCAUGCGAGUGUUGCAGGUAGGCAGCAAACUCUCCCACCACCGGGAGAGGAGCAUGCUCAUCAUCCUCCUUACGCAAUGUCGCCGGUAGUUUAACAAUUUACCGGGGAUGGAUUCGGCGGACGAUUCAAGCAAAGAUCCGCCACUGGGAUCCACGUUUUCCUCAGCACCUAAUUUAGACUCGGACAUUAAUGCAAAUGCCUUCAGGCCUAUUUAUGAGAACGGGGCGGACCACAAUGUCAACAUACAAAACGCAGCCCUGCGGGGAGCCAGUGACCCCAGCGCGUAUCCCUCCACAGACUACCGGGGGCUGGUCCGCCAAAGGUUCAUCCGACGAAGUUUGUGGGUUUCAGACUCCGAGGAGCAGCCAGUGGAGCAGCCGGAGUGUGUCAACAGCAUCCCGGUGGUCAACAUCGACCUGCGCACCAUCGUCGGUCGGAGUCGGACCCGGGUUCUACAAGGAACCCGCCUGGGCCUCCAGGAGACUUCAAGCACGGAGAGCCAGGUGGAGCUAAAGGACAGCGCCACGGAGAGCCUGAGCACCGACGAAGAGAAGGUAGACAGAAGGGAAACCGAGCCCAAGGUAGAGGCUGUGCCCUCCGAUGUUACAGGUAAAGCAGGAAGUGAUGAGAACGAAGAGGAGCCCGGGAUGAAGGCUGUGUCCACCUCACCUGGUGGGCGUUUCCUCAAGUUUGACAUUGAGCUGGGCAGAGGCUCCUUCAAGACGGUCUAUAAAGGUCUUGACACCGAUACUUGGGUCGAAGUGGCCUGGUGUGAACUCCAGGAACGUAAACUGUCCAAAGCUGAGAGGCAGAGGUUCAAAGAGGAGGCAGAGAUGUUAAAGGCUCUUCAGCAUCCAAACAUUGUGCGAUUUUAUGACUUCUGGGAAUCACCAGUGAAAGGGAAGAAGUGCAUCGUUCUGGUCACAGAGCUGAUGACCUCAGGGACUCUAAAAACGUAUCUGAAGCGCUUUAAAGUGAUGAAGCCUAAAGUUCUGAGGAGCUGGUGCAGACAGAUUCUCAAAGGUCUCCACUUCCUCCACACAAGGACUCCUCCAAUCAUCCACAGAGACCUCAAGUGUGACAACAUCUUCAUCACUGGUCCCACUGGCUCUGUCAAAAUAGGAGACCUGGGCUUAGCAACACUUAAGAGGGCCUCCUUCGCUAAAAGUGUCAUUGGCACUCCAGAGUUCAUGGCCCCAGAGAUGUAUGAGGAGCACUAUGAUGAGGGUGUGGACGUCUACGCCUUUGGGAUGUGUAUGCUGGAGAUGGCUACUUCAGAGUACCCCUACUCUGAGUGUCAAAAUGCUGCUCAGAUCUACCGCAAAGUCACGAGUGGGGUGAAACCUGCCAGCUACGGUAAAGUAAGUGACCCGGAAAUUAAGGAAAUAAUUGGGGAGUGUAUCUGUCACAGAUGGGAGGAAAGGUACUCCAUCAAGGACCUCCUGAAUCAUGCCUUCUUUGCAGAGGAUACAGGUGUGAGGGUGGAGCUAAAUGAAGAAGAUGAUGGGAAAAAAGUGUCCAUCGCACUAAAGCUGUGGGUCGAGGAUCCUAAAAAACUGAAGGGGAAGUACAAAGACACUGGUGCUAUUGAAUUUACCUUUGACUUGGUCAACGAGGUCCCAGAGGUUGUCGCCCAAGAAAUGGUGGAGUCAGGUUUUUUCCUAGAUUGUGAUGUGAAAAUAGUUGGAAAGUCAAUCCGGGACCGUGUGGCUCUCAUCAAAUGGAGGAGGGAGCGAACUGUCUCGUCAGGAAAUGGCGAGGCAGCUGUGAAGAAGACGCAGCAGAACCUUCUGCAGGUGCCUGGUACUGGCGUACCACAGGGAACCACAUUAACAACGACAGAUUAUGAAGACCAGGAAGUGGAGCAGCAGAGCCUGAUCUGUACCGUGCCCACCACCAUGUCUACCACAUCCGACAGUGGAUUGACCUCCACCAUGCAAUUAGACAAUCUAAACAAUCAGCAAAACGGCGCCUACCAGUCCCUUCCAGAGCCCAUUUCCACAGCUCAGAUGAUCUACAGUCCUCCAGAGGCUCAGCAGCACCAGGGGCCCUACCAACAAGCCGCAGCACAGGCCUCACAUGACAACUACACACAAGCACCCACGCAGCAAAUCACAGGUCAGCUGCAUCCUGGGACCUAUCAACAACCUGCAGCACAACUGCACCAAGGGUCUUAUCAGUCUCAAACACGUCACUACAGUGAUCCCUUUGUAGGCCAAGACAACCUGCUCAUCACUGAGAGCACUGUGUGUUUUAGGCGUGGAAGUGCCUCCCUCAUUCAGAUGUUACGGUGUAGGACUCACUCCCUCCCUAAGAUAAUGAAUCCAAGCCCCUGUCUGUUUACCUCACAGGAUCUGACUUCAACAAAUAGCACAGAGAGCUCAAUGCACGCCCCAGACUACCCAUCCUUUGACUCUGCUCAGUAUCCUUCAAUACCAUCUCCUCUAUUGUCCCAACAUCAACACUCUCAUCAUGACUCAGCAAGUCAUUUCAGUUCACCUCUCUUUCCCCCAAAUUUACAACGUCCCUCAGAGCUGUGUCUGAGCGUGCCACGCAGACCAAGGCCCCACCGCCACUGCAAGGCUUGUAUGUCUCUCCUCCUGAGGGACAGGACAAAGGGAGGCGGAUCUUUGGGACACACACGUAUACGCUCUUUCUCCACAUCCGCCCACUUUACUCCAGUCUCUAAGCCAGACUCACCCACAUCUCCUCAUAAGGCAAGGUCUUCUUUGUAUGAAGGUGGAGAUCUCACCCUUCUUAACCACUGUCUCCGUCACAUCGUCAGCCGCAGAACAAGUUCCCCCUCCCUCUCAGAGAAGGGAGCUGUCUGUCCCAUGCACAACCACGAGUUUUCAGUAGUUGAGCACGUAGACAAGAGCUUGGAUGUUCCACUCGUCUCAAGCCCAAAUCUGGACAGGAAGCUGCUGUUGUCACUACAUGACAGCAAACGCAGACCAGAUCCACUGACAGUUUCUGCUCCAGCUACGCCAGCCUCUACUGCGCACCAGAGUAGACAGACAGCACAGAGCUUCCCAGCUGCAGCCACCACUCUGCAGACACAGCUUACUGCCCAACCCAGCCAGGAGCAGUGCCAUCUCCAACCAGCUGGUGUCCUGCCGCAGCUGUUAUCUGCUGACCAGCCUUCUUCUCACCUGAGUCCUCCUGACAUAGCUACCAGUUUUCCACAGUCAGUCUCCAGUGCUCCUACCCCACACCUGCCCCUGCAGAUCAACACACAGUUUCCCCCACCCCAUCCCGUUGUUCAAACAGGGGGCCACAAGCCCCCUCCCUUCUCCCCAGCUCCUCUGCCAUCUGCCUACAGUAGCAGUAUCCCUCCUAUAUCUAGCUCCUACUACUCACCUUCACCCCACCAUCCCACCCUUCCUCUGAUUCCUCAUGCUGCCUUGCCAUCUAUACCUACUCUUGGCACACCUCAGACCCCUCUGUCCACACCUCAGCACGUGCCCAGUGUGGCACCCCCUAUUCCACUUCUCGCCAUGGCCAUGUCCUUUGCAGUGCCCCAGCAGCAGGGUGGCCCAUCCAUCUCUCAGCCAAACCAUGUUAGCUUCCAUUCCACCCAUCCCUUACCUCUCUCCCAGGUACAACCCACCCCAUACCCUGCCCCCCACCCUGAGCAGGAACUGGCUGAGCAGCCUGUCCAGGUACAGACGAUUGCUCCACAGGGGAAUCUGGGAGACGUUAAGCUUUUGGCUGCAGUUCACCCUGUCUUACCUGCUGUUCAGAUUCCUCUCUGGGGAAGUGGAGUGAAUGCAGAAACUACUGCACCUGGAACUGUAGCUCAUACAGUUCUAGCCUCAGCCCCAGUCUCGGUCUCAGCUACAGCGCAAGUUGAAACUCAAGCCCCUGUACAAACUCCAGCUUUAGUCCCAGCACAAAAGCAAACACCAGGCCUGGUGUCAGCUCAAGCUGCAGCAAUGCCUCAAACUACAGUCCCUACAUCAGCCCCAGUCCAAGCACCAGUCUCAGCAUCAGGUUCCGCUUUUGAACCACCAAAAGUCUCAUCUACAAACUCAGAUGCUUCUUCAGUCAUUGGCAAACCCCAACUCUCAGUCCCAGGGUUGGUCUCUGCCCCAAUCUCUGUCAAGCUGCCAGCCCAAGCUCAAGUUGCAGGCCCUGCUCUUGCAUCAGCUCCUGUCGCAGCUUCAGCCCCAGCUCCGGUUCUGCAGCCUGCUGGCAUCCAGACAGCAGUCUCAAUGCCCGAGUGUGCCAGCCUGGCCACGACUCAGCAAAACCUAGAGACGACAUCUGCAUCUAGCACCCUACAGAAAGAGUCCUGUGUAGAGGAUGUGCAUCAGGAGAAACCAGUUUCAUUACCCAGCUAUGCCUAUGACAGUCUUAACUCUGAUGUGGCGUCUGGUAAGGAAACAAGUGAUGGCUAUGACAGCUUGGCUAGUGGGGGGAAAGGGGAUGGAAAACCCAGGAAACACCAUCGCAAGUCUGCCCGCACACGCUCUCGGCAAGAAAGGACUAGCAAACCCAAACUGAGCAUGCUCAAUGUUUGCAACACAGGUGAUAAAAUGGUUGAAUGUCAGCUGGAGACUCACAACCACAAAAUGGUGACAUUCAAAUUCGAUCUGGAUGGAGAUGCUCCAGAGGAAAUCGCCACUUACAUGGUAGAAAAUGGCUUCAUCCUACUGUUAGAGAAAGAGAUCUUCAUUGACCAGCUAAAGGACAUUGUGGAUAAAGCUGAAGACAUGCUGAAUGAAGACGUUGAGGGUGAGAGGAUGUCCACUUUGAGUUGUAGUCCUCAGCAAGGCCAGGCUUCUGAAGGGCAAGUAGGAGAGAGUCCACAGCCUGGAGCACCUCAGCCUGUCUAUCAGCAGAAUGUUCUUCAUACAGGAAAGAGAUGGUUCAUAAUCUGCCCUGUAGAAGAGACUCCAACAUCCAGCCAGGAGACCCCGUCUGAUGGUACAACUACGCAGUCACCUGGGAGUUCAACCACCACCCAGCCUGCUGACAGUGGCACUGCAAGGCCAUCUGUAUCCAGAGAAGACGGGUCAUCCUCUACAAUGUCGGGUGGAAGUGGAGGCUUCACCUAUGACGUGUAUGGAUUCUGUAGUCCUCCAAUAAUGUCCAACACAGACCCUCUUACACUCUUGGCCACUCUGUCUCCACCUGUGUCUGCUCCCCCAACCCUUCAGUCUGUGGAGCCUGUCGGCAGCUCAUUACAGCCCAGUGUGCAUCAGGCCCAGCCAGCCAGAGCUCAAACUUUGCCUCCAUCAUCCCCACAUACCUCUUUCCAAAUGGAUGAGUCACAGGGAUCUCCUUUGGGCUCCAUCUCCCCCACUCAUGCUGCCCAGCAGAUGGCAGACAUGACAUGUCCUGUUUCUGCGGCAGAGGAAGUGCCCUGCUGCCCUCUGGUCAUGCCCCUUUCUCUGGAUGUGACCUGUUCACAGGGUGGGUCUCCUCUCACUCCUCUUCCACUUCAGGAGGCAGGUUCAGCCAAAGAGCCUCUGUCCGUCUCCUAUGCCUCUACAGCACGGAGCGAACGCCCACAGCAGCCUGUGGUGCUCCACCAGCCUUUUUCCAGUGUUGGAGGGGCCAAAGUGUCCUCACUACCCCAGAGCCCAGCGCCCUCCCAGCAUGGUCCAGGGCCUGGUGAGUCAGACGGUGAAGGACGGCUGAGCCGCGGGGGCUUUGUGGACAGCACCAUAAAAACACUGGAUGAGAAACUGAGGAACUUGCUGUACCAGGAAUAUGCUCCCAUGUAUCCAUCAGGCAGUGCUGCAGAGACACCGGGCUCUGGCACCGAGUACAUCCAGUCUCCUCCUGGUCCUGACAGCGCCACAGGAGGGUCAGGAAACACGACCCCAGGGCCUAUGGGGGACGUACGCUAUAGGACAGGAGAACAGCUGCCUCAAAUUCCAGAAAGAAUGGAUAGUUUGAGCACCCUCAGUGACUCAGCUGUGUGCGCUUCCCUGUCAAGAAGACAUGUUCCUCACUCUGCUUCCUGCUCUGGAACAAGAGGCCGAUUUAAGAUAAUCUCUGUUCCUCCUGAAGUGGCCAACAGACGUGAUGUGAAGCAAAGGAGCUGGAGCAGUGCUGCCUCACCAGCGCACCCUGCAGGUUACAGUGGGGACAACAUUCAGAUGGAGGCCAUGGCUGCUUCCACCACAAUUGGCCGUUUCUCUGUGAUAAGCACUGAAGAUGAAAUUACACAGCGGACACGUUGCAGCCGCUACUCUGCCCCACCUGAUUUCUACCUGGACACGCCCCCUUCCACAGCCAAGCGGGGCUCCCUGCCUCGUGCCCUCACCUCAAACUCCGUCCCUGUGGACAUCACAGUCCAUGCUCGUUUCCUCUCCUCUGACUCUGGGGCUGAGAGCAGCCCAGCAAAGCUGGCUCCUGCCACCCCGUCUCAACAUACUCGCUCUGAGCGUAGAGGAAGUGACCUCAUGAAGAGGGCAGUGGCCUUCCUCCGUCGUUCAGGACGUAGCAGCAGUGUACAGAGCUCUGACUCUCCAAGUAGGCAUGGAGGCGUGCACGGCUCGGCCUAUGCCAGCAGCGAUAAUGAUUCAGAGAUGGAGGACUCAGACAUGAAGAAAGAACUACAGAGACUCAGGGAGAAACAUUUGAGGGAGAUCUCUGAGCUGCAGGCGCAUCAGCGGGGAGAAGUAGAGCUGCUGUAUCGCCGACUCGGCAAAGCCCCUCCCCCUGCUUUGGGUCUCUCACACAUUGCACCACCUGCAGGCCGUAGAAAGAGGUCCAGCAAGCACAGGCUGAAGCCUGGAAAGCUUCUCAGCCCUCUGGUUCAACAAUUUAGAAAUGUCACAACCAAAACUAGUGACUCCAGCAGAUCCACUACAGGUACAAGUGAGCCUGCAGUGAGUUUAAAUGGGUCUCCAGCCAAAAAGUCUUUCCCCACUCACGGCAGGGCACGGUCAUGCACCAGCCACCUUCCCAGCUCAACCUCAGAGCCUGUGCAGACUCAGCCCUGUUCCCUCAAGGGCUCCUUGUCCUCUGAUAACAUUUACGCUGGACUCCAUGGAGAUGGCACUGGCACACAAGCUCCACCCGGACAAGGGGCAACACUGAAGCGACUAUGUCUCGGCAAAGACCGUAGCCACAGGUCUGGAGCUGGACCAGGGGCUUUCACUCAAUCACAGCAGCCACCUACUGGUGCCACACCUCCUCCUCAUCAGCCAGUUAUUGGACUGGCCCAGGCUCAAGCCAAUAACAGCAACAACAAGAGAGGAACCUACACUGGCACAUCCAUGAGUGUCAAUGAAAUCAAUCUGCCUGAAGACUUGCAACGGCUGAUGGAUGACUGGGCCCAGGAGGUUCUUAUUGUCACCCACAGACCGCGUACUAACUCUCUGAGUAUCAGUGGACAGCAGUUUUGGGAUCAGAUGGUGCCUCGAAAACAUGGACAACCCCCUAGUGCUGCAGAUGUAUCAUCAUGGACAGCUGCGGGUUCAGAUGGCUGCAGUUUUCCGCUGACGUGGUCUGACAGCUCUGGCUCAACAAUGAUUAACAGCCCCUCCACAGGACGCCAUCCCAGUUAUCACUCUCCUGCUCGUUUCAGGGCCUUGUCCUCUCCUCUCUCUGUUAGCCAGUGGCCUGGGUUGCUCUUCCCCUUUCCUUCAGGAGUCUUUGCCUUUCCUGCUGUGCCCUCAGCCCAGGAUGCCCCCAGCCCCAUUCCAGCUCCAUCAUAUCAGCCACCCCACCCCAAAGCAAGGACUCUCUAAACUGAGUAGCAUUUUGUCUUCCAACUCUGUUACCAAAAACAAAUCUCCUUGUGGUUCUAGUCAAUCUUAUGUGCAUAUACUGUAUAUAUUUAACCAGCAUGUAUGUAACCAUAUGUACAUACUCGUCUCCAUUCCUGAGUUUUAUGUUAUUUAUUUCAUUUGCAUCAACAUACCUCAUGUCCAUAUUACAGUACAUUAUCCUUGAGUGCAGUGUAAUGGUAGUAGUACAUUAAAAGGUGUAUAAUUAGCCCAUUCAGGCUUAAAAAUGCUGAUUUUUGUCACUGCUUAUGUAUGAAUUUUACCUCUUGUUGAAUGUACAUAAUGUACUGUUCAUUCAUGCAGUGUUUAUAUAAAUAGUUAACAUUUGUGUUGCUCAUAUCACCCCUAUAUAUAAGCUGCCGUGUGUAUAUAUGAAUUCUUGUUAGUCUGUACAUAGCUCCUGUGUUUGUACAGUUAACAUUAGAUAAUCCAUAGGUUGGUGCUGCAGCUAUGUGUCUUAAUGCAACACCUUAUUAGCCACCAUCAUGCCGUCACUGUGAAGACUUGACAUCCUGGUCACUAGGACCGGUUGCUUUACUCUGCUCUCUUAGUCGAAGGAUAGGUUUCAUUCUUCAUCAAUGAAAUGCUUCCAGCACAAGCGCUUGAAAUAUCCUUAAGAGAUUUGAAUGAACUUGAACUUUAUCUUCAGGUGAAAAAAAAACACCUGUGAGAGUGCCUUGAAUUGCAGUUUCAGUUUUCUGAAGAAAAACAUUUAGAUUCAAAGCAGACACUAGUUAUUCUAUAUAUGCUUUCACCUUCAAAGGUAAAUUACGUGAUUUGAAUAAUGAAUGUGGAGUGAAACAUAUUUAAUUUAGCAGGAAAACAUAAUUAAACACUAUAAUCUGGUUAUAUUGCAGUUCAUAAAAAUAUCACAGAUUGUAAAAAGAAUCCAAAAACUGAGUUAGGUUAUACAAUACAGUAUAUUUACUGUAGGUUUUUCCUUGUUCACUGAAGUCAUUUUCUUAUGAGAUUACUCGACCACCGGCACCGCAGCCUGCAUGAAUACACUGUUAUUCUGAAUGUGUACAGGUUGAUGUGGUGAAUUUCGGGAGGAUGCUGUUAAGAAAUUGGUAUCGAAACCAUACGACAAGGAGGGCUGAAGGACUCAACAUAUGAGUCAAAAUCAUAAUCAUCCCAUACCUCUACUAAUGCAGUCUGUAGCUUUACAUAUUGUUGCCUUUGUGGGUUUUAAGAGAUUACUGUGUGGUUGUUUGGUAAAUGUUGAUAACAUGGUGAUGUUAGAGGCGCACAAAGAAUGUGAAUUAUUGAAAAGCAACAACUGUUUGACAUGUUAUUUGUAUAAUGCAUAGGUUUUUCUAAGUUGUGUUUAGUAGAUGCUGGUCUUGCUACAUCAUCUGGCUCAUACAGCUAAUUGUAUGUAUUAUGGCUGACUCAAUUCAAAGGUCUACAACAAAUAUUACGUCAUCACGGUUUCACUUGUUUUGAUAGUAUGACCUCAAAGACAACACUUUUGCUUUCAUGAUGUAUUCUGGAUAAACAAAUCAGUGGCAAAAAUAAAUUUAGUCAAGAAGUAG